AUGGCAGCGGAGCCGGAAACCGAACAAGUCAAACCUCGAGUUUUCAAUCCUGGUCAAAUAAUCGAUGGAAAAUGGAAAAUCAAGGCACUUUUGGGAAAAGGAGCAUGUGGAGUUGUUUAUAAAGUUGAGGAUAAGAAAAGAAAAGGAUGGAUGGCUGCAAUGAAAAUCGAAUAUAUUUCCGAAGAUUUCGAUCAAACAUUGAGAUUGGAAAUUGGAGUUUUGAACAAAAUGAAAAAGCAUACAGAUAUGUUAAAACUGUUAGAUUAUGGAAGAAGAAAAACAUUCACGUGAGUGUGGGAGAAUCUGGAAAUUUGAAGCAGAAUAUAAACUUUUUGAAUUUCUGAAACCGAACAUUUGAAAAAGAUCGUUUCAGAAGUUCAGAAAACAUUUAUUUGAACUAGUAAAUUUUUCGAAUAUAUUCACAUCGUUUGUCGAAAAAAAGUGUAUUUCAGAUAUAUGGUAACAAAUUUAUGUGGAAAAGAUCUGAUGGCUCUUCGAUGUAAAAUCAAACGUGGCUUCAACGAUAGUUCUGCUUUACGAAUAGCUGUUUUUACAUUGUAUGGCUUGAAACAAACUCAUGAAUUAGGAUAUGUUCAUCGAGAUGUUAAACCAGGAAAUAUAAUAACAGCUUCUUCAAAUGGUAGAGAUUCUCGAUGUUUGUUAUUGAUUGAUUUUGGAAUGGCAAGAUCUUUUAUAACAUCUGAUAAAGAUGGUAAAAAGCAAAUUCGAAUUAUGAGAAGAAGAAUACCUUUAAGAGGAACUGUUCGUUAUUGUUCAUUAAAUGUUCAUGAUAGAUUAGAACAAGGAAGAUGUGAUGAUUUAAUUGCGAUGAUUUAUAUGUUAAUUGAAGUAACACUUGGUGUUCCGUGGCAUCAUUUAACAGAUGAAAAAGAAGUUUUAGCAAUGAAAAAAUCAACAAAAGAUAGUGAUUUAUUUGAAGAAUUGCCAGAAGAACUGAAACAAAUCUUUGAAUAUCUCAAACCACUUUCUUAUAGUGAUCGGCCAAAUUAUCUCAAGAUUUAUAAUUUGUUAAUGACUGCUAUCAAACGACUCAAAAUUAAUUUUCUUGAUGCUUAUGAAUGGGAAGAUGAAGAAAUUGAAAAGGAUUUGAAAAUGGAAAAAGAGAAAAAAUUGAAAGAGGAAGAAGCGAAAAAAGAUGUGAAAGAAGCACCGAAAGAAGUUGAAGCUGAAAAGAAAAAAGUUGGAGAAAUUCAACAAGAAUCGUCGCCCGAAACAAAAACAAAUCGAGAUAUUAAUUUGAAUUUGGUACCCAAUAAAGAUCAAACAACAAAAUCAGAAUACGAUCCAAAAUCAACAAUAUCAGCUGUUUCUGCGGAUAGUUUUGAAUCAAAACACACUGGUCUUGAUACUGCAAUUGAUUAUGAUCCAAUUGAAUUCACAACUAAAAAGGCUAUGAACAGUAUGUUUGUUUUUUUAAAUUCAUUUUCAAUAUGAAUUUAUAUUUUCAGGAGAAGACUUACAAUUUCUCGUAUACCCUUCGAUUUCAAUUGCCAACUUCAAAGAACACGCAAUUCCGUUUUGA